AAAGGAAUAUAACCGAUUUAACAACGUGCCUACUCCACUAGUAACAUCGGAAUUAUUAGAAAAUAUACUAAAAUAUAAUGAAAAGAGUGCGACUGUGAAAUCAAACGUGUGCGAUAAAAAUAAAAAUACACAGUCACGAUUAUCGGAUGAAGUAGAACAAAAUUGGUUGCCAUUAUUUUAUAGGAAGAUAAAGCCGAUUGAAUCACUAAGUAAUAAAGUGGAUAACAUCAAAUUAAAUUAUUCUCAGUUACAAAAACUAACAUUUCUUAAUAAUAGUAAUAUGCAGAAUAUUGAUGAAUACCGUGAAACGAAUGAAUUUCACACUGUUUCAAAUAUUUUGCUUCACGAGUUGAGGAAUAAUGAAAACAAAUUUCAGAAACAAAAGAACAAAUCAGAUAUUAAAAAAGAAAAAGCGAACGAUGAUAACGAUUCGAAUUUACUACCUAUUGAAUCAAGAAAAGGUCAGUAUGCACAUACACAUUUAGAUAACAAAAAAACAGAUUCUGUUAAUGAAGAAUUGACAGUAACUCAAGCACCUGAACUUAUUACUUCGACCAGAAAAUCUACUAUUAGUAAAACAACAAAAGGUAAUAUCGGAAAAUUAAUAAGUAACGAUGCUUACAUUGUCAAUAGUGAAGACGAUAAUGAUGAAGAUGUUUCAUUUAGUUUGGAAUCUAAUGAAAUUAACAAUGAUAAUGGGACAGAUACAGAUACACACAAUAAGAGCGCUGACAGCGAAAAAAAAAUUGAAUUAGUUAAAACCAACAAAGAGGACGAAGAUAAUGAAAGUGGUUCUAUAGAAUAUACAGAUAAAUCAUUGAACUUAAAUAAAAUAAAGAAACAUUUCGAGUUCAGGAAUGGAAUGAAAAUGACCGAUUCAAGUAAUUCCCGUAUUCUUAUAAUGGAAAGUCAUAGAAUAUGUUAUGCUUGUGUAAGUUCUAGUGAUGCAUCUUGUUUAAAACCGAAUAGACAAACGACAGUCAAAUAUUGUCAUCGAGAUAACACGGCUUGCGUGGCUAAAAGUUACACAAUAGGACGUUCAAACUACAUUAUGCGAGAUUGUGGAACCUCCUGUAUAUCUUCAGAUAUAAAUAGUUUGGCUAUAAACUAUGAAACAUGCUCUAUAUGUCAUUCUGAUUUAUGCAACAGUGCGUAUUCUAUAAACACUUUUAUAGAGCCGAUGAUCCUUUUAUCAAUUGUAAUAAAUAAGAUGAUUUACUAAUGAAAUAUCAA